AGGUCGUCGCGUGCUGGCGGAAAUCUCACAUCGAGGCGUGGAAGUGGUCGUCGCUGUCUAAACGCGUCUUGCUGAAGGAGGGGGCGCGGCUGCAAAUUUUUAAAAAAGUACCCGGGAAGUAAACGGCUGAGUCUGGUAUAGAUGCAGACGGUGAGUGUUGUGUGUUUAUAUUUCUAGCUGGGUAUGAAGGCAGGGGGUUAGCAGGUGGUUAUUAGGCUUGGUACUCCAGGUGUUGUAGACUAUGUUUCCCAUGAUGCUCUGCCAUGGCUGAGUGCAGAAUGUAGUCCACUACAGAUGGAGUACAAAAUAUUGUUAUUCAUCAGGAGGCCUGUCAUUUACCUGGAUAUGUAUGGUUUGAUCAUGGGCAGCGGUUGAACAUUGUUUUAUAUGAUUCAUAUGCUACAUAUAAAAACAUCAAAGCAGGUCCAUUUGGGUGCUUCCUUGAUGAUUUUUUUUAAUUCCUUUUCUUUCAGGGCUAACUGUGAAUUGUCAGGAAAUAAAAGUAAACUUCCCAUUUUUAGGAUAUAAUAAUAACCCAACUGAAAACCUCUUGCUUUGGAAACUGUCCAUAGAAUAAAUAGAGCCUAUGGAAAAUGACAAGACGUCGUAGCAGCUGCCCCCAUAGUUACAUAAUGCAAUGAUAGUAUUAGAGAUUGACCGAUUUAUCGUUUUUGCCGAUAUUCCGAAUUUUUGUGAUUUUUAUUUAUUUUUUUUAAAUAUCGGUAUCGGCCUAUAUUCUUACCGGUGGUGAGGUGGUCAAACGCAUGCAAUUUGUCCUCUCUCCAAAUCUCGCAAUCCACGUGGCAUUGGAUGUCAAAGCGUUGCCACGGCAACGCUCUGCGCAGCAAAACCAGACACAUGGUUUUUCUGCAUUAUGGCCUAUGGGUUAACUUGGCAAUAACCCCUUCUGUCACUUAAUUGGGUCCAGCACCGAUGUCCCUUUACUAAGAUUUAAUCUAUAGUAUGGACUAUGUGUCUAUGUGCAAUUGAACAUUGUUCUUGUUACAUUUUGACUGAAAAAUUUUUUUCCCCCCAAUUGUGUGUGUGUGUGUGUGUGUGUGUGUGUGUAUGUGUAUAUAUACCGGUGUGUGUGUGUGUGUGUAUGUAUGUAUGUAUGUGUAUAUAUAUAUAUAUAUAUAUAUAUAUAUAUAUAUAUAUAUACACAAUCACCAUUGUUUUAGUGCAAUCUGACCAGUAUGUUUAUGUAAUAUUUAUUUACAAAAAAAGCUAAACAUUAACAAUAAACAUGUUAAGCUAACGGCAGAUUUGUGUAGAAAUUGUUUAUUUUUAAAAAAAAAUGAUAGAUGUACAGAGUAUCAGUAAGUUAUCGGCUAUCUGCCAAAAAAAAAAAAAAAAAAGUUCACAGAUUAUCUGUAUCGGCUCUAAAAAAAAAUCAAUAUCGGCCAAUAGCUAAAUAGUAUUAUUCUCACUGUAACAUUGAAUGGAAAUAAUAAUGUAGUGCAGUCUUUGUGUUACAUUGAGAUCAUAUCUGUAUGAAAAACCAAGCGAUUACCAUUUUAUGGCAUAUAUAUAUAUAUAUAUAUAUAUAUAUAUAUAUAUAUAUAUAUACAUACACACACACACAAAAUACAGCGCACUCGCUUAUUCACUAAACAAUGAUUUCAAAUCUUAGAGAUUGUAAUAGUUUUAUUGAAAAACACCUCACCUAGGCAAAAAAUGAUGGGUGUUUAGUUGCAUUAUAUGAUCAUACAUUGCAUAAGCCUGCCAACUACGUCAAAGUACCCCAUAUUCGGCAGGUCCUAUCCUAGUAGCAGCCUAAUGCUUGCUCUUAUGAGAUUAAUCAACUUACUUAGGAAAUACUUCCUUAUUGGGACUCUCUGCAAGUCAAAGCUAAAAAGGGUCCUGGAAUGAGGCACCUUGAACAGGGAGGGGUGCAAAACCAAGGAGUUGGCCUGGACUCCCCAAUAUACAAACAAAACCAAGAGGGCUGCACUCACCUGAACAUGCAUACAUCCUAUAAUGUAUGCAUGUUCAGGUGAGUGCAGCCCUCUUGGUUUUGUGUGUGUGUAUAAUUUAUUUUUAUUUAUUUUUUUUUAUUGAGAAGAGUGGUUUACAGAGUGACGGUACAAAACAAGCAAGCGUAGGUGUCAAUUUCACAAAGUUUCAGUGUCAGAAGAAUGCUAUGUACAAUUUAAAGGUUUGCGGUUCUACCAACCUCUUUCAGGUACAAUGUGGUGAUGGACAUUGUUUACCAUAACCAGUGAAAUUUCAAUCUAUGUUGUUAAUAAACCCUUUAGGCACCCAGACACCUCACUCUGGUAUUUAUCUAAUCUUUGUUUGUGAGGUCUAACAUACAUUCAUUGACAGAAGCUAUAGGUAAUUUUUAAUUCUGUAUGCAAUAGAGUAAUAAUAAAAAUAGUGUAAUGUUCACAGAAGUGGCAUUUCUGAUAAAUAUAAUUUUUUUUUAUUAUUAUUUAUUUUUUAUUUCCAUAUUACAGGAUUUACUGUGGCCUGAUCAUCUGUCUUUUGGCACAUCUCCAUAAGUCCCACAAUAUGGACAAGCUAACCUUCCCUUUGUUUCCAGCCAUAGAGCUGGUGAACUUUUUCCGUCAGAAUAUUCUAACUGGGACUGAAGCAAAAAACUUUAGCAAAAUUGAUAUUUAUCCAAACCCAAAGGUGAGUAGUGUGUGGAUUUAUCAUUUUUUCAUGUAUGAAACGGUGAUAAAACUUUGAAUACCAUGUUCAGUUUCUUCAUUCUGUACUAAAUUAAACCAAAAGUGUGUAAAGGAAUGCGUCUAGAAGCCGGAUUCACUGGCAUUGGGAAGGAACUUUAGGAUCCGUAUGAUUUCAACAGAAACUGUCACUUUUAUAAAUUAAACUAAAAAGUAUAUACAAGUGUGAAACGGUGACCAAAAUUCUCAAUAAAGUGGGCAGCAACAUACAUAAAAAAGAGCAACUUUAUCUCCUGCGAUUUAAAACUUCAAAUAUUGUAUGUGCUCUCCAAAUACAUAAAUGGGAGGAAGUAGAUCAAAUGUAUAAAAAAAUAUAUACCUUUAAUAAUAGAAAUCAGCUUAAUAAGAACAGCUCAAGAAAUAGAUUCUCACAAUCAAUGUAGAGCUAUUCAGGAAUUAUAUAUCUCUAAAAAUCAGACUAACGGUAUAUACUCGUGUAUAAGUCAAGAAAUUUUAGUCGUAAACUUAAUUUUAAAAGGCAGUCGACAUCCACGGGUCAGUGCUAGUUUCGACAGAAUUUUGUAAAUGUCGACUCCCGAACGCCGUUCUCCUAGCUGGUCGGGAAGUCGAAUGGGGUGGGGUUCGCAGGCUUGCAUUGCUGACUCAGAGAUCCAUGCCAUCGAAGACCAUGUACCGCUGUCUGCGUUCGGGAGACAAGAUGCAUUCGUACAUACGAAUGGCGGCCACCCAGGGAAUACUUGUUUGUGGUUAACAGCCAGGGUGGUCAGUGAUUACAAGGUGUUAACAAAGGGGACCACACAGUCUGUUCGGUAACCGAACAGAAGGGAACAAUUCCAUUCGAAUGCUUGGGGAUAUCAGACGAAACAAGGGACAAAUAAGGGAACACGUAUCCUCGACUUAUCCACGAGUCCGAACAUAUUUCUCAAUUGCUGGUCAAAAAAUUGCACUCUACUUAUAGAAGAGAUCAAUUUUAUAGAAGAGUAUAUACGGUAAAUCACUAUAUGCAAUGUAUCAAAAAAUCUCAUGCAAUUCUAACAACAAGAUAAGUUAAAUAAAUCUCCCAAAAAGGGGGGAAGAAAACCUUGCUACAGGUUCAAGUAAAAUGAAGCAGCACGUAGCAGCCUAAAGUGAGAGGUUGCAAUAGUGAAAACUAUCUGGAAACACCCUCCUGACCUAGUGUAUAAGAAAAUAAAAAGAUCUAAAAUAAAAAGGUCCUCUAGAAAGCAAACACACUAUCCCAAAUAUCAAUCCAGGUGUGGGUAAGGAUCCAAAGCUCAAAAGUCCCUUCAAGGGCUGUAAACCUGAUCGUGCCGAGUUGACAAGCAAAUGCCGCGGACGGUAUCUUCACAAAAUACCGCGGCUACCCUGAUGUUAUAAAGCACAGCAACUGAAUCUAGCUGAACAUGGUCCACUGAGUCUACACUUUUUGUCUCUGUCACAAGACUUUCUCAAGACUACUUUUACACACCUGCAGUUGUCAGAAAACUGGUCCCAUUACUUCCUGGUUGUUUGGUUUAGUAUAGCUAAACUCAAUCGACAGGCACUUGACUUGCAAAGACUUCUCAUUGAGCUUCAUUAGGAAGUCUGGGCUGGGAAGAAGGGGAGGGCUUUAUAAAAUCUUCUGACAAAUAUGUAGCUUCCGGAAGCUGGUUUUAGAUUCCCACCCCAUACCCUAUAACCACAACUAACUCUUUAUUUAAAAAUUUCCUAGGUAUAUGUCACACGCAUAAUUUAUAUUGAGAGUGGUUCAUAUUUGGAAUGCAGAUAUUCCUGUAAAUUAAUUUUAAACUGACAAGUAGAUGGUUUGUCUGACUCUGCUAAAUUCAUUUACAGCCUGAAGUGAUUCAAAGACUCUACAUGAGAGUCUUGCAACAAGUGUUCAACUAUGGAAUGGAACACUUCUAUAUGGUAAGUGCUUUUUUUACUCUGGACAUAUUGAGUAAAAUCCUAGUUUAGUUCCACCAUGCUGUUAUGUUAUGCUAGCCUAGCUGUUAACAUUAUUGAAAGUAGUUCCCCCAUUACUGUGUGUAAUCAUUUAGUUACUCCUUAUUGAAUAUUUAAAUUGUAGUUCUCCCCUCAAUGAUAGUGUUUGUAGCCUUGCACUGCAUAUAUAUUCAUAGUUAAAGGGACACUAUAGUCAAUAGAACAAUUACAGCUUAUUGUAGUUGUUCUGGUGAGUAAAGCCUGUCCCUGCAGCCUUUUUGCUAUAAACACUGCCUUUUGAGAGACAAAUGUGUUUAUAUUGCCCCCUAGGGACACCUCCAGUGGCCACUAUAGGUGCUUCCUGGGUCAUAUUUAGUGCCUCCCCCUCUGCAUGGAGAUGCACUGACUCAGUGCAUCUCUAUGAGGAGAAUCUGAUUUGGCUAAGCUCCUUGACAAUCUCAGCCAAUCCAAAUAUAUAUUUCUUCCCUUUUUAUAUAUGGGAAAGCAUUGGAUUGACUGAGAUCAUCAAUUCUGAUGUCAGCUACAGGGAGUGGAUCGGGGGCGGGGUCAGUUUCGGCAGACUCAAAAUAAGGUGUGUUUAUAUUCAUUGUUUUUUCUUGAAGUUAAAGGAGGGCAAGCCACCUAAAUGACUUUAACACUAUACGGUCAGGGAUGCGUUUGUGUUCCUGUAGCUAUAGUGCUCCUUUAAGGCCGCCAACCCCCCACCCCACUUUGUUUAUAGAAAAGUUAGCAUAUAUACAUAUUUAUUUUUUUCCUCCUAUUUCCCAAUUACAUAUACAAUGUUAAUUAUGCUGCAUUAACAAUUAUGACUGUACAUCUUGCAGGUACCUAUGAAUCUUGAAAUCCAGUACCCAGAACUUCUUGAAGGCUUUGCACCUGUCGCUAAUAUUUUGAAGCUUAUGUAUGUAUGUCUGACAAUUUAUUAAGUAAUAAUAAUUGUACCACCUUGUCUUAUAAGAUAUUGGUAUAAACUUUGUAUUAGCUACCUCUAAUCGUAACAAGUAGAGUCACCGGUCUUUCAGCCCCAGAACAGGAUAUUCAUACUAUCCCAGUUGGCUUAAUGUCCCUCUUUAUAUAACUGGAUGGUGUCCUGAAGCAUAGAAAAAUCCCAAUAAAUAUACCCAAGGGAGAGUUUGGAAAGUAAUAUGAUGAUUGAUUUAUUUAUUUAUUUAAUACAUUUUAUUUUAACAAGGGUGCGUUUCAUGCCUAUGUGUCGUGUGCAUGACUUCCAACCAUCUGAUGUCUUGAAUCCCAGUAAGUGUUCUUGUUUAUCCAUUUAUUUAUUCUAUGUGAAUUAGUGUAAGUGCUCGAUAUGUCAUGUAUCUCACUCUUUUAUGUUAUCUUACAUAUAGAAGGAAAACGCACCCUGCAGCUCCUGAGUGGGAUUGUCAACUUUUUUCACUUUAGAGACACUCGGAAGGAGGUUUACAACGAAUACUGCUUGAGCUAUGUAAGGAGAGCAGCACUCACCUGCUUUUAAAGUUUAAUAGUUGGUUAUGUUGUAAUGUUAGAACAUGUAACAAAUGUCAUUUUGCCAGCACUAUACUGGUAAAUGUAUAGAUUUUAUAAAGGUUUGGCCCCUAUUCAACCUGUUAAUGAACCUUGUAGGUUUGACUGAUACAGGAGUGCAAGAGAGCCCUCUCCUGUAAGUAGUUCUCAUGCUUUCUAUCACCUAUAGGACCUACUUCGUCUAGUUUAACACUCACAAGUUUAUGAACAUGACACUAACUUUUGAGCGGAUCAACAUCUCCUUUUAAUGAGCUCUCCAAUCACCACGAACACUAGCUAUUGUAGCACUUAUGGUGCCAAGAGUAUCUCGUCACCCUUCCAGAGUAAGUAAUCAAACUGUUUAAGAAGACAUUGCCAACUUACCUGGGUCCUGCUAGGCACCUGCUGCCAUUACCGCUACACUGUAAGCAGUCUGUCAAAAAUACUAUUCUCUCUACCAAGAGUACUGGUUUUAGAAUACAAAUGCAUUUAAAUGGAUACUACAAAUCGCACUAUAAUGUUGUGGUUGUGCCAUCCACAGUUCCUUUUUUUGUUUGUUUUAAAAACUCUUUUCCUAGGACAAUAAACAGCUCCUCUCCUUUAAGCAUUAUCAAGAUCAAUUCCACCCAAGUUGGACAGAAAUUCUAGUCUCAGGGUAGAUUACAUUUGGUUUGAAUGUAAUAGCUGUUUGGUUUUUAUUUUUUAAAUUUCUUUUAUUGCCUAGUUACUUUAUUAGAGAAUCUGGUCUCAACCAAUAUGCACCAAAUGCACUUUUUUUAAAAAAAUUAUUCUAAAGCAAGCAUGUCAAACUUGGUCUAGCACGGGCCAAAUAAACAAGGUUUAAGUUUGUGGGCCGCAAAAAAAAACUUAAAUUUUCAUAGAAAUGUAGGUUUAUUUUAAAAAAUACAGUAUAAAAAAAAAAAAAAAAAGCAUCCCCCUCUAGCCAACAAGCAGACUCCACUUAGAUUUCCGCUGCCAGUAUGCGACUCCAGCCUCUGGUAUACCCCAAAUGGCGCCGUCCAACCCCUGUGCCAAAGCGGAUCAUCCGGCUAUUUCUUGAAACUCUGUGAAGGUGGAGCACGUUGACAUGGCGUUGCGUGCCUCCAGGUACUCUGCGGUCAUUGCAACACUGAUGGACAUACACACUCACUGACUGGGACACACAUUUACACAUUCUUGCACACACUCACAUCAUUCCCUGGGGUCCAGUGGGGAUCAUCUAUCUAGAGAUCUCCUUCUUGCUGCUCCCUUGCGCGCAGUUUAGUGGUGCCGGAAUAUGACGUCAUAUUCCGGCAUCACUACAGACGGCGCGUGCGAGGGAGCUGGGAGACUGAGCUCCCUCGCUGCUGCCAGCGUCCUGCUUCCUCUCCAGCUGGGUAAAUUUUAGCAGAGUAGGCACCUGCGAAGUGGAGAAAGCAGAUGCCUAGUCUGCUUUAACACCAAGCAUGUACUCACGCAUGCGGCCCCAUGGGCUGUGAGUUUGACAUGCUUGUUCUAAAGGCUGUAGUAUUAGGAGGAAUUUUACAUUAAAUAAAAAGAAGAAACUCUCAACAUAACGUAAUAAGAUUUUUUUAAAUUUUUUUUUGUUGGUUUUUCUCAGGUGGCAGUUCCUUUUUGAAUGGGUACUGAUGACCACUAAUGAUUGAUUACAGUUAAUGCUCUUUUUAUUUUUGUUUUGAGUGUUUUUUUUUUUUGUAGAUUUCUUUUUUUUCCCUAUCCAGUAAGAAAAAUUACAUAAUGAUCAUCAAGGGACACAGUAGAGGUUUCUGGACAUUAUAGUUCAACUGUUGGCUUACAGCUGAACUAUAACUCACAGGACCUCUGCUGCCCAUGGAGCACCUCUGUGCAAGGAGUUAUGGGAUAUGCUCAGCACUGUCUUAUAAAGCUAAUGGAGCAUUCUGAUUCAAGGAUUUACAACAAAUGCAGGCAUUUUAGAUUAAGCCCUCCUUUAUUAUUUUUGAAUUCUAAUGAAACCAUUUUAGAAAAUAUACUAAUAACCUCUAUAAGAAAAAAGAAUCGGCUCCAAUAGUGUCCCUCAAUGAUAAUAAACCUAUACGUGUAUAUGUAAACUUCUUCCGUAAACUAAAUGCAAGUUUAACAAAUGCAGUUUUGACUCCUAUGGAUGUAUCAAAUCUUCUGUUUAAUUCUGACAAUUUAUUUUCUCUUGAACAAGAAAUCUGCUUUGGAGAACAAGCAUCAGUUGCAGAAAGCAAUUCAAGAAGCUGAAACCAAGGUUGAGAAGCUUAUGUAAGUUUAUAGAGCGCUUAUCAUAUAUGGCAAUUAACAAUGAAAUCUAGUGCACAAAGGGAUAUGGGAAUAAGUUGUAAAGCCUAUAUAAAUCAAAUCAUGCGCGGUGUAGUCUGCAAGUGUUUGUGACCGUUGUUAACUUUUUGUGGAUGGCAAGUUUGCUUUCAAACUCCCUAUUGGGGUUGUGACCUGUUGUUUCCUUGUUUGUGUAUGUAAUACCUAAAUCAGUCUCAUUGUUCCAGGACUGUUCCACCAGAACAACAAGCAGAGUUUAAAGCCCUGUCUGCUGACAUCCAUGAUUUGCAGCAGAUAUUAAGCCAGGAAUAUCGUGCAAAAGAUGUAAGUGAUACGUGAAAUAAUGAACAGGUCUGUUUUGUGCUUCUCUGUGGUGGCCUGAAAAUGUAUUUUAAUGCAAAACAGCUCUUCCAUUUGAAUAUUCCUGUUCAACUUUGCUUUUUAAAACACUGUUCACAUAUUCAUACUUCUUGUCAACAAACAAAGUAAACCGAGCUUCAAAUGUAACACUGCCAACCAGGCCUUAAAAUGUUGCUUCAACCACCCUGCCCACUUGUGCUUUUAGAAACUAUCCUCCUGUGCAUAGGGGGGCUUAGUCUAGGUUGAAUUCUAAGGAAGGUAAGUUUUUAAAGCUUAUUUAUUAAGGUUUUUUGUUUUCAUCUAUAACUGGGGACUCUGGUGAAUAAUGCCUGAUUGGGCAUUCUUCAUUUAAAGUUUGAUUAAAAAGGGUUGGAGUAACCUUUUAAAGAUGCUUGCCACUGCAGGCCUUGAGGAUAAAUGGCACACUUACCAUGGAUACAUUUCUGCUUGCGAGUGGAGGGUGGGAAUUUUGAGUCAAUAUACCUACUAACAGCAAUAAAGGUAUGGCUUUUAUUUACAAUUGAAGAGGACAUUAUUUUAAAAUAUUUUAAUUUAUAUGGUAUUGAGCUCUCACACAAAAUCAAAUUCCUCAGAAACCACGGAGGAUUAAUACUGCCGGAAAAAAAAAAUCUACUGUGAGAAUGUAAUGUCACCUGCUAAUCAAAUUUUGAAACUUAUGCUCACAGUUGAAAUGAGGCGCACCCUGCAUUACACAGCACAGAAAUGAAGAAAAGUAAUGCUUCAAUGCAAAGCUGCCUAAUGGUGCCCAUUAGUUGCAUGAAGUCCAGUUUAGUUAAGAAAUGUUAAAAAUGUUGUAACAAAAACUUCAGGGGACAUUCCUGGCACCCAAACAACUUCAUAUAAAUGAAGUUCUGGUGGCAGCAGGCCCCUUGAGGCACUUGUACAUCAAGAGGUUAAACCGUUCUUAAACUGUUUAACCACUAAGUUGUUCCAGUGCGGGUCUUCUCUCCUCCCCUAAUUGCAUCUGGCUUUUAAAUUUUUAUUACAGGAAGUGUGAAAUGCCGCUGGCAGGGGCGCCACUAAAAGUGGUCAGCUGACGCUCUCAGCCAAUCAGUGAAUCCCCAUACACUAAACUGGCAUUGAAAUGGUACUUUUCUUUCCAAGCCAGUUUUGUGAAUGGGGAGUCACUGGCUGAGAGUCAGCUGACAGCUCUCAGCCAAUCUGCUGUAUUCCUAACACUAAAGUGUCCUUCUCCCCUACUGAGUGUUAAAACCUCCCUUUUUUUUUUAAUUUUUUUUUUUUUUUCACUUUUGGUCUCUGCCUCCUCAGCGCAAGGGGAAUAGGCCUUCCUCAUAUCAAUGCUUUCCUAUUGCCGGGUUAAGGUAACAGGGACACUGCACCCAGAUUAAUUCAAUGAGAUGACGUGUCUUGGGUGCCUAUAGUGUCCCUUUAAAGCGGCACUGUCAUGCCGAUCUUUCACUUCCCCUCCUUUUCUUUCCUUUUUUUUUUUUUUCCCUACUCUUGACCAGCUUUUUUUCCCCCCACAAUUCUCACCUUCCUCCUGCUGCUUCAUUCAGAGUUCGAACGCCUACCUAACAGAACAGUUUGUCCAUUCGUGUUAGGACGCAAUUCGGGAGUGCAGAGUUUUUGUUCAGAUCUGAAUUUAAUUCGAAUGAAUGAAACUCCGAUCCUAUUCGUGCCGCGAGUAGAUGGCUCCCUAAUUCCCACGGUAUUGGGGAACUAUCUACUAAAAGGCUGAAAGACCUAAAUUGGUCUUUCAGACAACUUUACAAAUACGAAGUAAAGAUUACUUAGUAUUAGUAAUUAAGGGAGAUUUCAAUCUUUAUUCUGCCCCUACUCUCUACCGCUAGUCUACUAAACAGUGGCUGCUCAACAUUCUAAUAAAGUGCCCCUUAGUGGGACACCUUUAAAAAAAAAAAAAAAAAAAAAUCCACGUGAUGCCACUAAACUAAACAUCCUUACCAUUGAAUUUUUUUAUUCCCCCCUCACUAUUUUUUAGAGUGAGAGGGAUAAGAAGGAAUACAUUUUAUUUGAGGGGGUGACUGGGGUCUUGGGGACCCAUAGUCACCUUGUGAGGGGAGGGAGUAAGGGGUUACUUUUACAUUUAGCUGCUGCCCAUGGGUGGAGGCUGGGGGGACAAUAGGUCUCCCCCUAUUGUACUGCCCAUGGGUGGGGGGUGGAAAUAGGCCCCUCCCCUAUUGUCAUUUUAGGCCUCUACACACUGCUCGUGGGUUGGGGCGGGGGGACACACAAUAGGUCACCAAUUAAGGAUUUCAGCCUUUUAGUAGAUAGCUCCCUAAUUCCCACGGUAUUAGGGAGCUAUCUACUCACGGCACGAAUAGGAUCAGUUUCAUUAAUUCAAAUAAAAUUCGAUCCGAACAAAAUCUCCCGACGUGUGUCCUAACACGAAUGGACAAACUGUUCAGUUAGGGUGAAAUACGAUACUUUCGCCGGCGUUCAAACGCAAAAUUGAUUUGACCACAGGAAAUGGAGCGGACUUUGCUUCUUCCCCUGGGUCAAAACUGGUCAAUCGCAGGAAAAAUACAUAGGACAAAAUAGUCCCUACUUUUGUCUUGUGUUUUAAUGAAAAGUAGAGCAGACAGGAAGAAAUGAAGAACAUAUCCUGAGAGAAGAGGAAGUGAUUGGGGAAAGGUAGGUUUGUUAUGACAGUGUGUCUCUUAAAGCGGCACUAUCAAGACCAUCGUGGUAUGUCAUUCAUGGGUUAAAAUCAACCAAAAUGCUCUGACUGUAUACGAAACUAUUUCUGAUUACAUAUAGCAAAGGACUAUCUUCUAUUGUUUCGAACGAUUUAUAUAUUUUUUUUUUUUUUCCUCCUUAGAUCGCUUUUCAAGAAAAAAUUUCACAGCAAAAGGCAGAUUUCACUGAAAAGAACAAAAAAUUGGUAAGUGCCAAGACUCUCAUCUGGUAGAGUUGAGUCUGUUUGAAUUGAGGAGAGAUGGGUUUGUUGUGUUUGUGGUCUCUGUGUACAAGGGGUGUAUCAGUGUCUGAUUACUUUCCCCACCUGCUCCUGUCCCAAACACAAGCAAGAUCAAGGAAUUUGCAGGAUCUGUGAAUUUAGCAAGAUAUAUUGUUAAUUCUUGAUUUACUUUUCUUUUGCAUUCAGAACCAACAUAAACUGGCAAUUGCUACUAUGAAGGAAGAACAAGAGCGCAUGAAAUCUCAGAUUGUGGAAUCUCCAGAACAACGGAAAAGUAAAACUGAGAGGAUGAAGGAAACUGUGCACAAGCUGAAACAAUCAAGGGUACACAAAGUUUGAGUUUAAUAGCUUGUAUUGCACUUUGCUUGCAUUGGAGCAAAAUUGAGCUCAGGUGUUAAGAUCUCUUUAGCAGAUUCGGCAAAAAGCUGAAACGGGAGGCUUUCUCUGCGGAUUUUGUGUCCCUAAUUUAUAAUGGUCCCACCUCUCUUACAUUGCUAUAAACAAAUAUAACAAAAUCUUCAUUGGAUUUUAAAAAAAUCCAAAAAAGACUAUAGUAUAGUGCUCUGCAGUUCUUUAAUCAAAAGCAAUUGAUACAUAAAAGUAUUUAACAUAAAAAAUUACAAGGUGGCAGAUUCUACCUUACCCAACACUGAUGUUUUGGCCUUUAUCAAGAAAGGUGUGGGAUUUAUUUUUUUCCCACCUCCCCAUUAUUUAUUUGUGGUCUCCAAUUAAUUGGCAUCAUUUAGUAAAACAUUGAAAAUCACUUAUUAUUCAUGUAAAAAUUUUAAAAAAAAUUUUGAGGUGCUAUGUUUUUUCUUAAAUUUUAUAGUAAAGAAACCGUAUAAUGACAGGAAUACAAACCCGGUCACUAUAGUGUUAACACAUUUUAGGUGACUUGCCCUCCUUUAAAACUCCCCUUUAUUCCAGCACCGUCCAGAUCUGCCGCGGCUGACUCCGCCUCCUUGAAUCAGGUCAUCAACAUUGACACUCAUCCAGUGCUUUCCCACAAGAAAGCAUUGGUAGGCUAAUAUGCACGAGCUGAAAAAUGCUGCGCUGCGCCAUUCAGCAUCUCCACAUUGAGAUCCAUUGAUUCAAUGCAUCUCUAUGAGGAAUAUUCAGUGCCUCCAUGCAAGUUGGAGACGCUGCACAUUGUACAGUACUGACCCAGGAAGCACCUCUAGUGGCAAUCAAGAUUGCGAAGGGGGGCGGGGGGGAGGAUGGAUACCGUGUUUCGUUUCUUCUCUUCUGUGUGCUUUCUCUAUUCUUACUGUCAGGAGCAAAGGACAGAGCUUUAAGCAUUAUUUCUUUUGUGUUUAACAGCAAGAGACAGGUGAGAAAUGUGAUUACUACAGGGAAAAAUUAUCUCUGGCUAGUCAGUGGCAGGUUGCCAUGCAGGGAUAUAUCAAGAAACUACAGAAUAUCGACGCCAACCUAGAAAUGUGCAGAAAAAUUCGUGAAGAGGUAUGACAACUGUACAUUAUAGUGUUGCUGCAUAGAAAUACUGAUCUAUAUGAAAUUGCUUCUGCAAAGUUUUAACAUGUUAAUUGGUGGCCUCUCCUAGACCAGACAGAUGGAAGAGCAGGUUGUCAAUGUAAACCUGGAGCUAAAAUCCUUCUCAAACGAGGAUGCUCAGCUCAAAAGAACACUUUUGCUCAAGAAAGAGAAGCUUGCAAAACUGGACAUCAAAAAUAAGAAGAAACAGGAAGAUUUUAAUCAGCAGAAGCAGGAGAUUCUAGAGUAAGUAGUUUAUUUUAAUCCGUAUAUUCUACAUCAUGUAUGCAGUUCCCUUUACAUUGGCAGGAUCAUAAGCCAAACAAUCUAAUACUAAUAAUAGGAUGGUAGCGCUGAAAGUAGCCAAUUGGCCAUUGUAUGUGUGUAUUAAAUAGUUUUGAAGUAGUCAUGGUGCCUGGAGUUUGUAUGUGCAGCAUUUCGUUUUGAAACCCUGCACAUACAGAAAUUAACCCCUUCUAUGCGUAACUUCAUCUCUGGCAGUGUCAAAGCAAAAUUCUAUGUAUAAUUGGCAUCUGAUGUUCAAUGUCGGCAUUUCCCUACCCCCUCCAUCCUCUGACAACCCUCCCCCUCCAGUGAAGGGCAAUGAUGUUGGCCAAAACACAGCUUUUUUUUUUUUUUUUUUUUCUUCUUCUCUCAUCUAAAUCUGAUAUGUAUGAAAGUAUUCUUGAUCCUGUGUCAAUGUAUGUAUUAUGUGUAAAAGCAUGUAUGAAAGUGUUUUUAAUUUUGAUUAUUCACCUUUAAACAUGUAUAUGUUUUAUAUACAAGACAAAACAUUUUAGACCUCAUAGCGAUGCCAUCAAGACAUACCAAUAAAGCAUGAGACCAAAAGUUUAUUGAAAGGAUAAUUUCGUCAUCUGUGCGGUAUGUUAUUCUAGAACAUGAUCUGCCUAAAUAAUGGUCAGAUCGUGUGAUAUUUCUCGGAUACUGAUAUAAUAUACUAUAAAAGAUGCUUAAUGGCAAAACGUGUGUCAGAGAAAUAUAACGCCAUCUCUAGGAUCUGUAUGUAUAAACCGCUUAACCCUUUAGUUUCAGAAUAUUUUAUUUUACGUAUGGUAUAGAAAUGGGGUUCAAAAUUUCCACUAGCCAUUUUUGGCCUAAGUGUGCCAUGAACCUUUAAGGUUUUUAGUAACUUUUAUGGUCCGGUUAAUAUCAUAGCACUUUAAAUCCUAUUGUGUGUGUGUUAUAUUGCAUUUUUGUUCCUCGAUAGGGUCUGCAGUCACAUCCAGGAGAAGAGACAGGCUGUACAUGGUCGCGUGGCUCAAGUCCUUCAAGAAAUCCAGCAAAAAAGCAGCAAAAAAGAGGAACUACUUGAAAUGGCUGAUGAAGAAAAAAAGAAAUAUCAAGUAAGUUCAUAAUCCUCUUCCCCCCAAGUCUUCCCAUAUAUUUUUGGAUUGCAUUGCAGGCACCUUAAAGGGACACUGUAGGCACCCAGACCACUUCAGCUGGUCUGCAAUGUAAAACAUUACAGAUCCAGAGAAAUUCAAAUUCCGGAAUCCAAACUUACUUUAUGUCCGUUAUCUGAAGCUGGGCGCCCUCACGCUCUGCAUUGAAUAAUGCUUUCGUAUGGGGAGGUCUAAUGCGCGCGCACAUUCGCAUUAGGUCUCCCCUGCCGGCGCCUAACCCAGCGUCAAGGAACAUGGACGCUGGAUUCAGGUAAGUGGCUGAAGGGGAUUUAACCCCCAUCAGCAACGUAAAAUGGUGGGCAGGAGGGAUGGGGGGCCUAUGAACCCUAUCGUGCCAGGAAAACACCUUUGUUUUCCUGGCACUAUAGGAUCCCUUUAAUGCUAUGAUUUGUUUCAACAAUAUCGGGUGGCAAACCUUGUGUGUAUAUUUCAACUGCAUGUGUUGUGCGUUAUGUCAUUUAUCAAACCUGCAGAUUCAACUUAAAGGGUAACUCACUUUUCUGGAAUAUACAGCAAUGAAAUCUUGCAUUUAAUUUUAAAGCUUUAGCAAAUUGCUUCACAAUCAAGUUCAGUUUAGGCAAAGCCAGGGCAAGCAAAGAGGCGGUAUAGAAACUUUGUUCAAUUUCUUCUGUCUGCUUUCUCUGUGUGGACGGACAGAGAAAUUGUUAUAAGGACAGAACUUCUAACAAUAAUUGGCAAAUAGCCAAGAUGGUGAUACACAGUUGCAGGAUAAAGAGGUGUGGAUUUCUACAUUUAAUUGUAUUUUUCACACUUCACAAAUAUAAAUUUGGUAAAUGUCAGUAUAAGUAAACAUAAUAUAAAAAUUUCAGGGAAGUGACAGAAGCUCUGGAAACUGUGGAUAUAGAAAAAAGGCAACAUAUUAAAUUAAAGGAGCACUAUAGGGUCAGGAACACAAAUAUGUAUCCCUGACCCUAUGGUGUUAAAACGACCACCUGGGCCACUCUUGCCUCCCUAAAUAUAGUAAAAUCUUACUUGUAUUCAAGUCUGCAGCUCAUGUGAACUGCCUCUGUCUGCUGACAUCAUCAAAAGUGGUGGUCUGAGCCAAUCUCAAUGCUUCCCCAUAGGAUUGGUUGAUACUGUCAAGGGGGCAGAACCAGCACAAGUCAAACAGUCCUGGCCAAUCAGCAUCUCCUCAUAGAGAUGAAUUGAAUCAAUGCAUCUCUGAGGAAAAUGCAGUGUCUGCAUGCAGAGGAUGGAGACACUGAAUGGCAGUGCUGCAUACUCUGAUUCUACUCACCAGAACAAAUGCAAUAAGCUGUAGUGGUUCUGGUGACUAUAGAAAUGCCAUAUAUAUGCAAUGCUUUAAAGAGAAAUGCCAUGUAUAUCUAGUGUUAAACUGAUAAGUACUUUAAGGAAGCUAGUGUCCUAUAGGGGCACUAUACAUACCAGAACCCCUUCAGAGAAAAGUCAGUGUUUACAAUGAACAUUCAGACAGCCACUAGAAGGAUUUCCUGGGUUUGGUCCUGCAAUGAUUGCAAGACAGACAUUCAGUGUAUGCAUACUCUUCAUGGAGUCUCUGGUUGCUCCCCACAGAGCUACAUUGAAUCAAUGCAUCUCUAAGGAGAUCAGCACAGUGACUUGUUGUGCAUGAACACUUGCCUCCCUAUGGAAAAGAUUAAUAUUAAAAUUAAUGAUCUCCGCUAGAGCUUAAGUAAAGCUGAGUGAUCUAUAUUUUGGGAGGGGGAGGCCAAUUAUCUAAAACAUUAGUAUAACAAUAUAUUAUUGUGUGGGAGCAAAAGCAGAAAUAAUUAUUUGUUAAAUAUAAGGAUUAGUAAACAUUAAAAAAAUCCUGAGAAACAACCACUUGCCUGUAAAUUCAAUAUAUUGUCACAGUUGUGCAGAAACAAGUCAUUUUACAAAUCAUGCAAAGAUUUUAAUUUUGUUUUCGUGCAGGGUUGCUUAAUCAAACACUUGUGGGUUCUAAACCACUGUUUCUAGUUCUAGACUUUUUACCAUUUAUGACUUUAGCUGUAUAGGUUUCUGGAGUUGCCUUUUCUAUUUAUUCUAUUCCCAGUUCCUAUUUUGAGUUCAUUCUAUUUUUUUUUUUUUCCUCCUCGCUCUGUUUUAUAUUAUAUUAUCACCCUCCCAGGAGGUAAUUAAGGAUUUCAGAGCUGCUCUGGAGAAAUACCAUGACAGUUUGGAGAAGGCGUUUGAUCGUAGCGCUGAGAGAAAGCGUGAAAAAAUUGCUGAGCUGAAUCGAAGGUUGAGUCGGAGAUAGAAAAGGAAAGUUUUCAAUAGAGUGGGAAAAGGGAUUGGCUUUGUAUGUAUUUUUGUGUAAUAAAGUGUCUUUUUUAUAUGCGUUAAGUAUGUGUAGACUUCAUAUAUCGUGUGUACAUGUUGAUAGGCAAACCUCUUUCAGAACCUCCGAAUUCACUAUCCACUACCAUAUAAAAGGCCCUGAUUUCUCCCUAGAUCAGUUAGUGUUAUCUAGAGAAAUCAAUUUUGCUUUUCUUUGUCAUUGGAUGUAAGUGCUCCCUUUUCCACCAAGUGUGUUUUUUUUCCUUUUUUUUUUUUUUUUAUAUAGUCCCGUAUGUUAUGUGUACUGUUAUGCAAAAAUUACAAAGAGUGCAACUGGAACGAAGUUUAAAGAUAGUUUCAUGCAGGAAUCUGUUCUCACGGACUGUUUCACUAUGCGUUGGGGGCAGUUUGUCUCUUCUUCCUUUUGUGCCCCUCUAUAGAUCCUCGUCCUAGAGCAUCUUCAGCACUCCAGAUGUGUUGUGUACUACAUCUGGCUGUAAGAGCAUUAAAUGUAGUCCACAACAUCUGCCAAAAGUUGCCUACCUAUGUCUUAGAGCAUUUGAUUUCCAGUUCUCUAACUGGUUGUAAGCUAAAGUUCAGCUAUCAGGAUGUCCAUACUGUCAGCUCUUGCCUGAGUGAUAUUUAAUCUAAAGGUAAGAAAUGUAAGACUGCUAAAGACCUUUCCUUCAGUCCUUAAAACCUAGGCAUCCAACCAGACCUCGAGGUGCAUGCCACUUCGGGGCUGUUCUGAGACGGCCCAUUGGGUGGCCCAUGCACUUACAGCCACCCAAUGACACUGUCUCUUCUGGGAUCCAGUUGGCACCGCAACCAUUUAACAUUGAUUAAGCCCCUGUGAUGUUAGCAUCGGGAAAAAGUGACAAUUGGUCACUUCCUGCGUUAGCAGGAGAAGACGGGCACAGACUUCCAACAGCCUCAGCCAGCCGCUGGACCCCAGGGAAGCAAGUCCUUCCAUCCAAAAGUUAGAAAACAGGACAGUGGCUAAAAAAAAUAUAUCUGCAUUUUGCAUGUUUGUUUGUCUGUGUUUUAUAUGUCUGUCUGCUUGUCAGUGUGUGUUCCAUUUAUUAAAGUCCUUAGGUGGAGUCUCCCAGACCCCUACAAGAUAGGGAAUAACAAUAGGAGGUCUGGGACUUCGAAAAUUACAUCACACUAUGAUCAAGGAAGUGAAAGACUGGGGAAUUUAAUUUAUAAGAGAAAACGGCUGAGAAAGAAUAACGCCCACUGGACCACCAAUGGGACCAGCCCUAUAUAAACCAGGACUAGGGAGAAGGCUAGAUUGCUUUUUCCUAUUUGGGAAUGGUUUUGAUUUUAUAUUUAUUUAUCAUUGUUACAAUAUCAUAAGGUCCAUGAGGAAGUCUAUUUAUAUUGAACGAAAUGUGUAGGACCAUAUCUUAUUCUUCAUUUGAUAUAGUUUUUAUUAUAUUUUAUAUUUGUUUGCAAAGAAAAGCAAUUACUUUCCUUUUCUGGUAUUUGUGGCUAUGGUUCCUGUUCUAUCAUGGUUCCAGCAGAGAGACAUCUACAGAGGGAGAGAAGCCCCCCAACACUAUCAGGAGAGGCACCAUUGAGGUGACAUUAACAGUAUAUUCUAGUGGGUGCUACCAGUAAGUAUUAUUUACUGGUUUUGACAUAUUGCAAUUUGUAUUGUUAAUUUAUAAUUUUAUUUUUACUGCUUUGUGUGUGUCCCUGUGUAUCUGUAUGAGUGUCACUCUAUCUAAAUGUGUCAUUCUGUGUAUGUGUGCUAGUGUGUCUAUCUGUAUGUGUGUGAUUGUGUGUAUCUGCGGGUAUGUCAGGGUGCAUAUGUCAGCAUGUGAUAUUUUUCUCUCAAUUAAAAAGGAGUGUGGCUCAUGUACACAUUUCUGAUGAAGUGGCCCACUGCAGAAAAAAAACUUGGACACUCCUGCCUUAAAGGCCUACUCAAAGCACAAUGGUGACUUAAUUGAUUUUUGUAGUGGUCGUGGUGCCUGAAGUUUGUAUGUACAGUGUUUCAGUAAUGAAAUGCUGAAACGGAGUUGAACAUCUCUGCUGUCAGUUGUAACUCUUCCUCUGGCAAUGUUAUUGGAGUGUUAACCUGAGUUCCAGGCUGGCUAAUGUUGUUUGUGUGCAAUUUUCAUUGUGCAGAAUUUCAUUCAUUGGCUGAGAACGGUCAGCUGACGUUCUCAGGCAAUGGCAUCUUUCCAGCUUAUGCCACUUUGUCAUUAGUGCAUCACCAAACCACCAGGGAGCUGUGCAGCACAGCAGGGAUCCAGGUACGAGGGCUAACUGCUGCUCAACGGUUUGUCCUAUUACUGGGGCACCAAGCUAGGGUAUUUCUUACAUCAUGACCACCACAGCAGGCUGUAAUGGUUAUGAUGCUUGGAGUAACCCCUUAAAUGUCUAAAAAAAAAAAAUAAAUAAACUGAAAGAAUUUAGAAAUAGAGCGCCACUUCCAAAAACAAAUGUGGCUGAAGAAUCUUCCAUCUAAAAAGUUCCUAGAUCUAUAUAUACAUAAACCCUUUGGAAAAAAUGUAAUACUGCAAUGCACGUAUAAAGACAAGAGAAUAACAUAGUGCUCCAUGUAAAAUGUAUUAUGAAAAAGGUUUCUGCAUCAAGAGAGCAUAUCGGGAAACCCAGCCCCUGGAUGACAUUGAUGUUACCUCAACAAAGUUGUGACAAAAUCCCUAUUUUGCUUUCCGCAGAGUCAUUCUACUCCGUUCGGGCAUUUUGUUAAGAUUUUGUUACACAUUCAUCCGAAGAGACUAAGUACCAAACAGGCCCCAGGAAUUCAGUGCUCUCUUUGUGUGGCCGCCAUUUAUUUAACUGAAAGCCACGUGGUGGAGAAAACGGUGGCCAUCUUGUCGCACGAAAGCAGGCAGCGGGACUUAGUCGUCGAGUGCCUGGAACUCUGAGGCGGCCACUCGACAGCCUGAACACUGGUGAAAACGUACGAACGCCUGCUUCUGUUCGCGGCAAGACAGGAGUGUGCUGUAAUUACAUCAAUGGAAUCAAACCCAGUAAAGGAGGAGACUAUAUUUAAAAGAAGAACUACCACAACAAGAGGUAAAUUAGAGAGGGAAAGGUUUAAAAAUAAUUUCAGGAAGUAUUACUUUACAGAGAGGGUAGUAGACCCAUGGAAUAGCCUUCCAGCUGAAGUGGCAGAGGUUAACACAGUGAGGGAGUUUAAGCAUGUGUGGAAAAGGCAUAGGGCCAGGGAUUAAAGUAUUUCGAAAAUUGGGCAGACUAGAUGGGCCGAAUGGGUUUUACCUGCCAUAACAUUCUAUGUUUCUAAUUUAGUAUAAACAACUAAAGAUAAGUGGGUGGUCCCAGGCAUUUUGUCCCCUAAAUUAAACUUCAGGGACCCAAAAGGUGGAAAAAUAUAAAAUAAAUGAAAUAUAAAUAAAAUACAAACAACUUUCACAACAGGAAAAAGAGCAAAACAUAAAGUAAGUGUUUCAGUCUAAUACUACUUUAUUAAAAGUUAGACCCAAUAUUGAUACUAUCCAUAUUCUGUUUUGCCAUUUUUCACAGUAUUUAUCACCUAGCCAGUUCUGCUCAGCUUUCUUGAGUUCAAUCAUGUUCCAUCUUGUAGCAUAGUCCAACCUUACCUCUUCUUCUAUCUCUUGCACCUUGCCCAAUGUACAAAAUCUGUUGUUGCACAUUCUAGCCAUGGUGGCUAGUAAGAACCUAGCAUCCACCAAUGCCUGUGGUUAAAGUUGAUAAACACCUUACAGGCACAUCUAUAUUUACACAGCCAGGGGGUGUAAAUACUCUGUAUUGAUAUUUCUGUCUGCCUUUAUUCUUCCCUCGGCUGAUUUAUCCAUACAGCUGGCAGAAUGUUAAUAAAAAGGAAUACAAAAAUGUAAAUAUUGCAGUUUCUCUGCAUGGUUAAAGAACAGGGAUAUUGCUCCUAUAGCACUUCAAUGAGAUGAAGUGGUCUGGGCAGGGCCAGAUUAAGAGCCCAGUGGGCCUGGUGCUGACUAUUAUAAUUACAGAAUCUUAUCGAUCAAAAACACUAAAACAGUCAUACCUACCAAUCGUAUCAUGUAUCUGGCAGAAGUGGUGCUGGAGGGAAAUUCAUAAGUGCAGCUAUGAGAAAACACACACACUAUGCUAAUCUCUCUAAUUUAUGCUUUCAUCUAUUAAGUAAAUCCAUACCCCUAACAGUAGUGUCCAGUGAAGCAGGACUGGGUAAAAGAGUGGGCCACUGACACAAAUCAUGUAACCAGAACUGCCGAAAGAGGCGAACAUACCUUAAAAAGCGGGCAUGUCUGCCUAAAGAAGGUCAGCCUGGCAUGAAUGCAUGUCAAGCUGCCUGCCAAUCAUGCAGGCUGGCCAACUAAGGGAAAACUAUGCAGACAGCACCCUGAGCUUGGCAUAAAUAUGUCUAGCGAUGAGUUCGCUCCACCCUUUCUAAGGACUGUCCCCUAGCACUUGCUGGUCCAUUCCUCUCCUAACCUCCUUACUAGCAGGCAGAAGCUCCUGGUAUAUAGUCUGGGACAGAGAACAGCUGCAUAUAGUGAGUGUAGAAGAAAAGGAACAUGUCACAGUGUUAGAGAGACUGAAGCAGCAAGAUCGUUUGCAUUGUGCACAAAGUCAGCUUUACCUUAAUUAAUUUUGUCAGCCAGUCCACACAAGUUUUGUUCCCAUACAUCCCUCUAACGUUUCCAUACUUAAGCAAGAGUAUGUGAAGGAUAGUUAGGGUUGCCACCUUUCUUGGAAAAAAAAUACCGGCCUUACUAAUUUGCAUAAUGAAUUAUGUAUGCGUGUAAAUCACAAUGAGUGACAUAAGAGAAAAUUCUGUAAAAUCACCAAAAAAACUACUCAUUUAUUCUGCUGAGUAAAAGAUGGAUUGUUACUAGUGUCACCCUGUCUCCCAGUGUCUUAGUGUCCCUUAGUCUUCCAGUGUCCUCAUGUUUCCCAGUAUCCCCUAAUGUCUGUGUCACACUGUAUCACAGUGUUUCAGUGCCCCAUGUGUCCCAGUGUCCCAUCAUGUGCCCAUGUCUCUGUGUCUUCUAUGUAUCCCAGUGUCUCAAUGUUUCAGUGCCCCAUGUCUCCCAGUGUCCCCUUGUGUCCCCAUGUUGCCCAGUGUCACUUGGACACGAGGGGACACUUAAGAGACAUGGGAACACUGCGACAUUGGGACACUGAGACACUGGGGACACAGACGCUAGGGCACAGUGUCCCCAUGUCUCACGGUGUCUCCAAGUGCCUAGUGUCUCACAGCAUCCCAUAGUGUUUCAGUGUCCCCUGAUAUUCCAGUGUCCACAAGUGUCUCAGUGUUCCCAGGUCACCCAGUGUCCCCUAGUGUCUCCCAGUGUCCACAUGUCUCCCUGCAGCCUUUACCCCAUUCCUCACUUCCCUGAGCUGUAGGCUGUCUCUGCAGGCUGGGAGCUGCUGUCUGCACUCUCUAUGAUGUGUAGCUGCUCCCCCACGGAUCAGUGUGUAGAGAGAGGCAGGGAUAUGCUUUAACUUCCUAUCCCUGCCUCUCUCCACACACAAUGACCCCUACUCUGCACAGGUAUUGCAGAGUAAUCUCUGUUUAUACAUAGAAAUAUGCCGGCAUUUGUAUUGCCGGUUUUACUGCAUAAACUGGCACUGGCCAGGUAGCCUCAAAUACCAUAAAAUACCAGCCAGGUGGCAACCCUAAGAGUAAUGUGUUAAAAAAAAAAAAGAAAAGAAAGAAAAAAUAUAUAUAUAUUUUUUUUUUUCUUCAAAAUCAAUGGGCAUAUUCCAUGGGCCUGGGCCUGGGCCUGGAGCUGCAGCUCCAUCAGCCCCUAAGUAUAUCCGGCCCUGGGUCUAGUUUUAAGUGUUUGCAUGCAUGUAAUAAAGGCUUAUGCAAAAAUACAUUCCUGAAACAAACAUUUCUUGUGUUACAGCUCUAUCCCUUAUCUUAAACUGGAGAUACCAUAAUAAAUAUACAGCAUGGCUGCAAGUUUUAAAGAGGAACUGCAAGUUGAAUUGAACAUUCUUUACACCUUUAUCACAGAAAGCUAUGGGAGGUGGACUGGCACACUUAUUUUUGUAUUUAUCAGAAAGAGCGGUACUUUAGGAUUUACUUAAAAAGAAAAAAAAUAUAGAAAAAGGUGGUAAAUACACCCUGCAAUAUCCCUUUAAAUCACCUUAUAGAUUUGCUGGGAGUCACUUUUUAUAUAAAGAGAAUGUGUUUUACAAAGUUACCAGUAGAGGGAACCAGUGACUCACAGAUGUUACGAUUUAAAUAAUACAAACUGAGCUUUCUAUUUGUACAGCAAGAUAUAUACCAACUCAUAAUGAAAUUUAAAAAAAAACAUUACAUAUGGCUAAUCACAUUUACUUCAAAUUGUUGAUACUUUAAAGGAUAGCAGUCGCUUCUCUGGAAUUUACACUAUUAAAUCAAACAUUGAAAGAUAUCUACAACUUGUGGUUUUUUUUUGUGAACUUGUAUUUUCUUUUAAAUGUAUAUUAAAACAUCUGGUAAGUGACAUUAAAGGACCACUAUAGUGCCAGGAAAACAUACCCGUUUUCCUGGCACUAUAGUGCCCUGAGGGUGCCCCCACCCUCAUGGACCCACUCCCGCCGGGCUCUGGAAAGGGGAAAGGGGUAAAAACUUAACUUUUUCCAGCGCUGGGCGGGGAGCUCUCCUCCUCCGAUCCUCCUCCUCUCCUCCCAUUCGGCUGAAUGCGCACGCGCGGCAAGAGCUGCGCGCGCAUUUAGCCGGUCUCAUAGGAAAGCAUUUACAAUGCUUUCCUAUGGACGCUUGCGUGUUCUCACUGUGAUUUUCACAGUGAGAAUCACGCAAGCACCUCUAGCGGCUGUCAAUGAGACAGCCGCUAGAGGAAUUGGAGGAAGGAUUAACCCAUUUGUAAACAUAGCAGUUUCUCUAAAACUGCUAUGUUUAUAAAAAAAAAAAAAUGGGUUAAUCCUAGCUGGACCUGGCACCCAGACCACUUCAUUAAGCUGAAGUGGUCUGGGUGCCUAGAGUGGUCCUUUAAAAUCCUGUCCAGUCCAGGCACAGCCAGGGCACACAAUGCAAAGGAAGAGGAAAACUGAAACAUUGUAUCUGUAUCAACUCUUCUGUUAACUAAGUUUAUUGGCAAAAUGCUACAUUUAUUAAAAAAAAAUAAAAUAAUAAAACACACCUUGAAGCCCUUUAAAUUAAUACUUUUAUAUAUAUAUAUAUUAACGGGUUGAUCCUGAAGAAAGCCCCAGAUGAGGGCUGAAACGUUGAUUUUAUGGAAUAACACCUAAUAAAGAAAACCUUUUUUACGUAAAAGACCGUGAGUGCAAGCCCUUUCUUAUUAUUCUAUUAUUUUUGGCUGUGGCUUAAAGUGCACCCGGCAUUGAAAUUCCUGGGUUAGUCUGAGUGCAAGGACCUUGGUGUCUCUAUAUAUAUAUAUAUAUAUAUAUAUAUAUAUAUAUAUAUAUAUACACGGUUGAUUGGACCAGCAAAUCGUGUCAUAGCUUUGUGACUGAGGUUCACACCCCACACCUUCACCCCUAAAAGAAUUAUGUGCGUUCACAAGCAAAAAUUCACAUGUUACAUGUACCAAUCUAUGAAUAGUUAUAACUGUGCCUUCCAUGGAGACGGGAUAAAUGUGAAUUUAAACUUAAACGUAUGUACUUACGUAUGUUUACUUCAACCACCUUAACCACUUCAGCGUCACAUUGCCACAAAUCCUUUAAGUUUGUUUCAAUAUUGUGUUCUACUUUUGAUUCAUACACAAUGCACUAUAGCUGCCACACAUAACUUUUAGGAGUAUUUCUGCUGCACAAAUUGAUUUUCUGACUGUGCAGGCAAAGAAGCACUGUGUUAUUACAAAAGAAAACAAAAAAAAAACACAUCAUAUUCAUAUUGGUGACUGUAGCAAUCAUUAAAUCUUUUCUCUCUUCCAAGGAAAACUGGUUGCUUGUAGCAAAUCACCUGAGUUCUUCAUUAAGAGCUACUUCAAUCCAUUCUUCUGAUUCUCUCUCUCUACUAUAUCUUCCAGCAUGGAAUUUGAUAAUUUAAAAAAAAAAUUGGACUAUCUGUUAUACAUUGGUCUACGAGGAGUCAAAUUUGAAUUCAACACUCAUCCUCUUCCUGCAAACAAAGCCUUUAUCACGUCUAUACAAAUAUUCUGUAUAUAAUUUUGUGAAAGGCAUUGUGUCUUAUGCUACUGCGAGGUGAUGAACGCCUACUCCCAGAACCACAGCCACAAAGUAGCACCCAUCGAAGUGACUUCUUCAUUGAUCAUUGUUUAUAGCAACAUCUAACAGAAUGGUCAACAAGUGCAGUGUUUUGUCAAGGUUUGCACAUUUCAGUUUCUAAUAAAAAAUAAAUAAGAGAAUGUUUUCAUUUUGUGCCAGGAUUAUGAUAGUGUGGUUUAUCUCCUAGUAUGGACUAUUGCAAUUUAGUGGGAAUGUAUUGCUUUAACGAGCUAAAUAAACCCGGUUUUGGGAAGCUCACAACACAGUUUUAAAUGAGGUUUCUUUCAGGAUUCGCAUUGCGUGAAGAGGAAUAUAAAUGUAACAAAUAUAAUCAAUAUGCAGGUAUAGGCAACUAAUCACAAUGCUCAAUUGGCAUCUAAACCAUGUGGUACCAUUAUAAUCUUAAUUUGUACACAUUUAUUGAAGAUACCUAGUCUUUUUCUUAUAGUUUGCCUUUUUUUUUGGUGAAAAUCCCAUGAAAACCAGCAACCAUCACUCAGUAUAGCACACGUGUUGCUUUUAAAUAUAAUCUGGCCAUAUUAAGCUUAUUGGUGAUAAUGUUGCAAAAGACGCAGGGCGAAAAUGAUUGAAGAAUAGAUUAUUAGCACUCAUUAAUAGAAGUUUAGCUUUCACUAAUUAGGUGAUAUGUAUUAGUCUGUUGUAGAGGAUCAGGUUAACUAUUUUGCUUGUUUUAAUUGUUAGAAAGCAUGUGUACACUACUCCCCCCCAUGCCCCCUCUCCACCCCCCCAACCCCAUGACAUGAGGAGAAGGUGGAAUUUCUAAGCAUUUAGCUGCCCUCUUUUACAUAAUUGAAAUCAUUAACCUUCUCAUUUAAUGGAAAACACAUCCUUAAGCAUUAGCAGUGAGAACAAGCCCAGAAGACAGACAGAGGAUGUGUGGAGUAUGUAUAUGAUAAUAUAGAUAUAGAAACACAACCAUAGGAGCGGCACUGAUAAGGUGCUGCCUGGUUUUGCCCCUGGGUGAAUCACAAAUGUGUCCCUGCAAUAUCUGUUUUGGAAGUCCUACGCCUGUGGACACAUGCCCAGCUCAAUGUGGCACUUCAUUUCCACUCUAGGGAUAUUGAGCGAUGACCAUGUGAAGACUUAUGUGCCCGGCAGACAUAUUCUGCUGCUUAUAUAUAGCCACCAACGACCAUGGGACCAGGUUGAGGAUAAUUCAAAAAGACAGAACUCUGGCAGAUAACUGCAGACAACAAGCGAUAGGAGGAGUGUGAGGUAAGUAGGGGAGGAAUGGGCAGAGAAGAUAUGGGAGGAGGGAUGAAAAACAAGAGACAAUGCAUACAGUAAUGACAAUCGCCGGUACGUACAAAGUUAAGGGUUGAAGAAUAGGAACAGACGACUGAAAAGUAAUGAAGAAUGGAGAAUUAGGGUGACGGGGAUCGUAAAGAAAUAAUUUGGGCAAGAGAAUGAAGUUGGUUUGAUUUAUUCAUUCAUUUGUACAGCACAUAUAUAAUUUAAAAUACAGUAGGUAAAGCACAAGUGAGAACAGAAAUAUGUGAUUUUUUUAUAAGAAAAGAGAUGAUAAAGGAAACUGAAAUGUGUGGCUGUUAUCUGUGUAUGACAUGUAAAAUAUAUUUGUUACAAAGGAAAGUAUCACAUUAAAAAAACUAAAUAUUUUUUUUCACUUUAAACAGAACACUCAAGAAUAUGAUGUACCAAAUUUACCAAACCAUAAUUCAGUGAGGGAAUUAAAAUAACUUCCAUAACUGAUAAAAAAAUAUAUAUAUAUUUCUGUUUGAUUUUAUUAAAAAAAAAAAAAUCUAAAGAAAUCUUUAUCUUAAGUUCAAUCAAUGCCUUGGGUUUUUCCCUAAAAAUGAAACUGGAGAACUGACAAGAGAAUUGCAAAUUUGAGCCCAAAAUAACUGAGCUGAAAAGAAAAAUGCUGAGUUUAACAGUUUUCCAAAUUGGCUAUUUCGGCAUAUCAUUUGCAAUUCCCUUGACAAUUCUGCACUAUUCCAUAUUUGGUGAAUACAUCGCACAGUGUCAAUUCUGAGUUUGGCAGAUGUACCUUUUUUUAAUUAUAUUUUUCAUAACAUGACUGCAGUAUAAAUAGAACAAUACAGCAGCAAGGAAAGGAACCAGAGUUGUCAUGUACAAUAUGUUGCACAAGGUUAAAAUGAUGCAACAUCCAUACAGGUAACUUGAAAACUAACAGAGUAAAAGUAAUAAAUAGACAGCAAAAUAGUGAAAGAAAAAAAGAGAGAUCAUUUUGUCAGUUUAAUAAGUGUUGGGACACCAAAUGUUGUAAAUCAAUGUAAGGGAUUAGGAUGCAGAUAAAUUCUUCAUUGCCCAGAGUAACCCGCUGGGAUUGGGCAGCCACACAUAUAGUUGCUAUUGGUGAUUAUACGUAGCUACUGCAUUAUCCAGUCCAGGUUGACAAGAGACCAGUAAAGGUAUAUCCAAAGAAUGAAAAUGGCAACAUAUGAACACAGAAGAGUAUAAAUAACAAGAGACAAUGCUAUAAGGUGCUUCAAUAAAUGAUCAGCAGAACAUCUAAAGUGAAUGUGCUGCUCUAAAUAUAAUAAGUGUCUCACACACCCAAAAAUACAAAUAAACCAACACAAAGUGCACACAGUGCUGUAAACACCCACCUUUUUACCUUAUACUGUAUAUCACAAUGUUUGGUGGGUGUUUAUAGCACUGUGCGUGUCAUGGGCCAAUGGUUUCAGUGUAGGGAUUCCUCCUGCUUGGCAUGGAAUUUUAUAAGGGGCAUUUGAUGUUUCAUGUUGUUUGAAUUAUAUGGACAUAAUGUAGCUGAAUGUUUGUUUGUUUGUUUGUUUGUUUGUUUGUUUUGGUAGGACUGUGGGUUGUUUACAGCAAGAAAAAAAAGAAGUUAUGGGAAAAGGAACUGUGUGUAGGGUUAAUUACCCUAUUAUAUGGAAAUGACCCUCUGUGGGUAUAUUUACCUCUGUACAGCU